AUGGCUGCAGCGGGACCGUCUGCCGUAUCGGGCCUCGAUGAGGCUCGUAGAGCCGAGAUUACAGACGCUUUUACGAACGGCACGAAGCUUUCGAGGCGAGCCGCGUGGAAGCAGAUUGAGUACUUACCCUUUUUCUACAGGAGAAAGGUAUUUAAAACCUUUUCUCCGUAUGUAUGAGUGUGCUUGACUGUCUCGUGACAAACAUGGUCUGCAUCUGCGCCGAUGGCUAGAACUUCGCAUCAUUUGUUAGUAAAUGACGUGCCCUCAUGCCACCUGUAACCGCAAAUCGUGCGUCUCUUCUUUAUUUCAAAACGGAUCUUGCAAGCCACGCAUCCUGCGUUCUCUCUGCGUUCUGCGUAUCGUGUAUUUUUUUGUGAGCUUAUUAUUGUCCACGCUGAAGUUUUUUGCGGAGUCCGAGAUCUUCAAAAUUACAGCAAUUUGGUUCGUUGGGCAAAAGCGUGCUUCGUCUGUAGUGCGUAUUUUUAAUCAACGCAACCACUAAAGAUCAGCUGAGGUAAUCGCAGACCCUCUUGUGCGGUAGAGGCGUAUGUUUCAUGACUUAGCAACACUCUCGCAGUAGAUCUCCAGAGAAAAUCACCUUUAUCUAGGCCAGUUCGCCGGCGGAUCACUUCUGAUUCAUGCAUGUUCUCCUCUUCAUAUCCUUUUUCUUUGAUCCCAAUAAUGUCGAGCAACUGGUCGAAGUGAUGCAAACCUUCUCACGGGUACUCUUGUCUUAGAAAACCCAUGCAGAAUAUCAACAAAUUCAUCAUCUUUCGUCUGACACGACCAUUUCUGCACAUGGAUGAGAUCAUAUCUAGAAACGACAUUACAGACAUCAAUCGCUACGCGUUAGUUCCAGCCGCUACUUCUUCUUACGAGAUAUCUUCCACACGUGUCCUUUACGGAAACGCAUUUUGGCGUGUUGGGCAAAACGGCAGCGUUGCUAUCCUGUCGAGUUUUAAUCAAUACAGCCCAGACUAACUAUUGGAUUAAUCGCAGAUCCUUCUUCUGUACUGUGAAGGCUUCUGUUUCAUGCUCCAAGUACAAGCCCGAAGGUAAAUUUCGUACCUGCUAUUCUCACUCUCAUGAUGACUCAUCUCUUUGGUCCGUGUUUCUGAGUCUAGAAUGCGGAUAUCAGAGAAUAUUUGUUUCAAGACGGGUCUGAUCAUGUGGCUUCUACACUUGAAUGAGCUGCUUAAUCGAUGCUUUCUAUCUUGCACUGAGAAGUUGCUUCCCCAUCUGCGAAUGCACAUACAUCUUCUUUCCCAUAUCAUGCCGCUUCCGUUCAACUGGAGUCUCUGCCUUUCUCUUUCAUGAUGACUCAUCUCUUUGGUCCGUGUUUCUGAGAAGAUCCAUGCGGAUAACAGAGAAUUUUUUGUUUCAAGACGGGUCUGAGCAUUGUUUCGAUAUCCUUAACAUCCAACGAUCCAAUCGUAAAUCCUGUUAUUGUCGUGAUGAACGAAAUUUGACGAACGAUUUCUGAUGCUGUGGCCCCCUCAGGGGUCCUCGCGUCUGAGGAUUCUCAAUAAAUCAGUACCAACCUGACCAAUUAAUCUUCUAGAGCCCGACCGCAAUUUUGCUUACGUACUGUGCGCGCUUAUUCCCUGGACAUCUCAUGAUGAGCUCAAUUUGACGAACGAUUUCCGAUGCUUGAAAUCGAAAGAUUUCGCAUUUGCGGAAAACUAGAACCCAACACCCUUUGCCUGACACACUACAAUAUAGAAGUAGGACAUGAGUAUAAUUGCAAGAAACUCUUUUUUAUGUCAUCUUUUUAUGUUUAUGUCGAUGUGCCUUUUUACUUUCAUCUUUUCUUGGUCACAGGAAGCUUCUCCUGCUUGGUUGCUGCUUCAUCUCGUUCUGCGUUAAUCCAGCCGCCUGCCUGCCUGUCUAGCCCUGGCGCAUUCAACGGAAUUCAUGAUGAGUAUUUAUUUGAUGAACGAUUUCUGAUGCUUGAAAUCCUCGAGAUUUCGCAUGUGUGGAAGAACAUUAUCCAACACCCUUUACCUGACAGAGUGCGUCGCCUUUCUCUUUCUGCUUUAUUCAGAUGUAUUCGCCUUUCUCUUUCUGCUUCAGUCAGAUGCAUGCGCUUCGAAAGUUUUGUUUUGUACUGAGCGUGCGGUGUGGUGUCUUCGGUUCUAAGUGUAUGAUGGUAGCCUGGUUCCGCUUUGAUUGUGUUAGUGGUGCAGCCUGCGGUUGGACACUGCCACUGUCGCGGGGGUUGAGGUGUGAGGGCGCGUGGCCGACGUUUGCGGAGCGAGCGCCAGUGUACAUUCUUAGGUCACUAACAGGUUCGACAUCCGGCAUGAUCCGCAAACCCAUGACCCGUUGGGACUAUUCGAUGCGCGGCAGGCGCAGAAAAAGGAGAAGCGAUCACAGGAUCGCCAUCUGUCGCAGGCCAUGACCCGUGUUGCGCAGCAACAGAAAAGCUUGAGGGCAAAUGAAUUUAGCACCUACAUGAAAGAAAAAAGUGGACUACUGCAGCGCCGCAACCAGGUAGUCUUCACAUACCCCCGUAUCAGGAUUUGUAAGGUAGUGGUCGUUCCGAGAUUAGUAAGAUGUCGGUCUUUUCUUUCAGCACACCUCCUUGUGAAGAUAAUGGAAAAUCUGUCAAGCGCAUGCAGGCACAAACUCUCGGACGUGCGAUGGCAAAAACGACAAAUACAAACCAAGACGGGACUGAUUUCAGCCUCAGUUUGGGACUCGAUCGCGUUAAGCAUCGAAGUAAGCACAACGCGGCAGAGAAGGUACUUUGGUGCCCAGUUGUGUUGCUACUCAAGUAGCGUGAAUACCUCUCGUGAGCAGUUGUGUCACAUUAGUAGUACGCAUUUCUAUGAAUGACGCCUGGGCUUCAUUUUCUGAUAUGGUCACUACUGGUUGCGUGAAUGUGACGAAGCUGAAAGUCACUUUGCACCUCUCCGUAUGCAGGCGUCGUUGUUUUCGCGAAAAGCAUUCGACGGUAAGGGAGGUCAUAGGGAGGUCUAUGAGCUGAAUACGUAUCACAACGAAUACACGCGUAUGCGUGGGGGGCGACGGAAGCUUGUGCCGGUUGUAGAUCCUUAUGCACUGCCGAGUCAAGGUUCGUUGCAGCCGAAGCCAGCUCCGGAGAGCCUACUCCAGAACGCAAUGAAGGUAGUCUUAUACUAGGGAGCGAAGAGCGUCUGUGUCUUUUUAUCUUGAGCAUCUGAAGUUGCGCUGACAUCUGUUCUCUGAUGGCUCUUUCAUUGAACUAUUUUUGAUUUUCGUAGAUCAGGAGCCGUCUGGCAUUCUAGGUUCCUCCGGGAUCGGAAGAGGCACCGAUGUCUGCCACUUUCGCUUAUGAGCUCAUCAAAGGGUUGCUGUUUGACGACGGUAUCAACACCACGUCCGCCAUGUUGCGUCGAUGCAGAUCAGAGCCGCGCUCUGGCGCUGAGAAGGAUCGCUUGAUCGAGUGGCACGCGGCCAAGAUGGACAUGGCCGAAUCCCUGGCGGGGGCCGAUGGCGACGCUUCAGGUAAGGACGGCGACGAAGAUGUCCCUCCUGGAGCACUAGCACCAUCAAACAGUGUUAGCAGUGAACUGGACGAGGUGCCCGCUGCACUAGCUGCAGCUUUGCAGCGCAGAGUCGGUCCGCGUGCGCUGAGUACGAAACCAAAGUCGUCACCAGCUUUGGGUGACGUCAUGGGAAGCGACGUUGCAGCCGGGAUCUAUGCUCUAGACGUGCAGAUGGAGAGUGUCCGACACGCUCGGGAACAGGCCUGCAUGGAUGUGCAGGCGAACGUGUGGCAGCGCAUAGAGAAAAGUGCUGAGGAGGUCUCCAUUCCAGACUUUCGUAUGGCCAUCACAACACAACCAGCAAAAGAAGGACCGGAUGGCAAAGAAGAGGAGGUCGCCGUCGAGUCGGGGGAAAAACAAAUGGCCGCUGUACCGAAAAAGAAAGGGUCAUCGCCGCUGUCUGCAACAGGCAGCUGCACCAGUACUACCGCAACCGGCUCCCCUCUAGAUAUGCUCAGUUCGAAUUCAUCUCCUGUCGAGAUGUCUUCGGGAGCAACUACAAAUGUUUUUCCAAGCCCAGCGACGGCAGGCGGGAACCUGGUACUUGGCGAACUUGUUCCUGGCGCUGGCACAGUAGGGCCGUUCUGUGUGACGUCGGGAAUCGGUGGGAGCGCGUUCGUCGGGAAAAAGGCUCCGUCGCCGACAACGAUCUUGAACAAAGUCGGAGCAGCAGCUGAGAGAGUAGCGGAAGCUGAUGCAGAUGACGCAAGCGACACGGCGGACACGCUGGAAGAGCCCCCCGCGAUAGCUCUGAAGCGGCGAAAAGCGGUUGAUCACAGUGCCGACGGGAGCAAGGCAAGAAUCGUGGCUGAGUUGGAAGCCGAACAGGCCGUCGCGUCUAGCACUUUGGAACGCAUAGUUCCACCACCACUAGAGACUCUGAAGCGUCGGGGAGCUGUCGAUCACACGGCAGAUGGAUCGCAGACGAACGUGACGGCAAAGUUGAAACAGCAUAUGGAAGACGAAGAUGUCGAGGAAGAGGACGAACAAAAGGUCCCGCAAAAGCCAACCGCAGCCUACCUCGCGUUACGACGUUGCGCGGUUGACCUGUCAGCACAAGGAGCCGCUGAAGCUGUUGCAGAAGUGCUUGCGGGAAGCGCAGAAGCGGAGUCCGAAUCAGAUAUCGACGAGGACGAGGGUGUUGUCGAUUCUCCCGAAAAACCCCCGGCUUCUGCUCUGCGAAGAAGACGUGCAAUCGACUACACGGCUGAUGGUACGAAGGCGGCUGUGGUUGAGGAACUAGCAUCAGCAGUCGAGGAUGAUAUCGUCGACGAGCUACCUGCGCCACCAGCUUUUGCACUGCGUCGGCGAACUGCCGUGGAUCACACCGCGGACGGUUCACAGGCUGCAAUUCUAGCUGCUCUUCCAGCGACGAAAGACGAGCUUCCCGCAUUCGCGACACGCCGAAGGCUAGCCGUGGACCAUAGUGGAGGGGGUAUGAAGGAAAGCAUCGUGGCGCAGCUGCAAGCCUACUACGCCGAAAACGUGGGGACCAGUGACGAGGCAACGUCCGAAAGUGACGCUGAGUCUGACGAAGAUGAAGGAUUGCCGACACUGCCGCCACGUGCGAUGCAGCGUCGCUGCGCGGUGGAUCACACUGCGGACGGGUCCAAAGAGAAUCUCGUGUCUCGCCUGGAGGAGGUUGUAGAGGAAAUGGAGGAGGAUGCACCUGAGGAGCUGCAGCCUCUUCCGGCUUUUGCUCUGCGACGAAGAAAAGCGGUCGAUAACAGUGCGGACGGGUCAAAGGAAGAGAUUGUAGCAGAGCUGGCCGAGCAGCAGGAGGCUGACACUGCACGCGACUUUUCAAAGCCGAUUGCGGGUUUUGGGAAGCGGCGGCGAGGCGGAGUGGCCCACCCAUCCGAUGGUGUGGCAGCAGCUAUCGCGCAUACUCUGACCUCGCAGAUAAAUGAGGAAGGAUCAACGUCGUCCUGCAGCUCUGCUGAUGAGGAAGACGAUGGCGAGACGCAAGCAGGUUCAGUCGCUGGCGUCAAAGUAACUGCUUCCAAACUCGCGCCCAUUCAACCGCCUGCGCAUCUGAUGAUGCGUCGCAAUGCCGUAGAUCAUGCCUCGGAUGGCACGCAAAAUAAGGUCGUUUCAGCGCUGCGCAAAGCGAAUCCCGAACUUAUGCAGGAUGGUGAAAAGAAGCAGCUCCCUCGCGUUCCCGCCUUCGCAACUCGGAGACGCAAUGCCAUCGACUACGGAAAGCACGCCACCGUGUUCACGCCCGCGGAAUUGGAAUUGUACGAAAAGUUCGUAGACUCAGAUCCCAAGAGCAGCGGGAAUUCAGAACUAGGAGAUGGACCUUCGCUCACCUCCAGCAGCUUCGGUGGUAGUGCCUUGAUGCCACCAGGAGCUCGGGUAGGUCGGCGCGGAGCCGUGGACCACACAGCUUUGGCUGAAACAAUAUUGCGACUACUUGACCGCUCAACCGCACAGGAAACCUCGAAGUUCAUCCGUGGUCGCGCAUUUCGCAAGCGGACACUAGGUAGUCUUUAUCUGGUGGACAAUAUCUUUCUCCAUCCUCAUCCGCUGCAGAGUUUCCUUUCCAGUUCAUCGGUGAUCAGUGGAGGAGUUAAAAGUGAAAGCUGAACCUAGCAACUGAGGAGAACACUCAAUAUGAAAGCUUCGAACUAGGCACGAUUUACUUUUAUUGUUUUACGAAUGUGCGAAACUACUUCAACUACCAUUUUUCACACCAGCCCCUGUGAACCCAAGGAGCACGAUAUCAACGCUGCGUUCUAUGGUGUCGCAGAUGCAGAGUGUGGUUAAGGAAGAUACGGCUGACGAGAAAUCAAUCUCAACACCACUCGUUGAUGUCACAGCGGGCGAGCGGUGUCUUCGCAGCUUCCUUGAUUUUCUGAUAGAUCGAAGGCUAACUGUGGAGAGAAUCUUCGAAAUAUGCGACGCGAACCAUAAUGAUAACCUGACCCGGUGUGAAUUUUGCGACGCGAUGACGCAUCUGCAUUAUCCUGGAGGACGCGUGCAGCUGAGUACUGUCUACGCACUCCUCGAUGCCGAUCGUGAUGGCAUUGUCGCGCGGAGCGAGUUUCUGCAGCUGAAGCCGUACUACGAGCGAAGGCUCAAGGGUUUUCAGCUCUAG